AUGCAAUUCGUGCGUCCGUUCACGCGCGAAAAUCUCGGCCUCUUCCAGUCCAUUCGUGAUCUUGGAUUCGACUUUGUCGAACUGCUGGUUCCCGAACCCGGAGACAACCUUGACUUGACAGAGACACGGCAGGCGCUGGACGACGCCGGAAUUGACGUCGUGCUUGCAGCCCGUGUCAACCUUCAACGAUCCAUCGCAAGCGAAGAUGCCACCUGCCGCAAGGGUGGGAUCGAAUAUCUGAAACGCUGCGUUGAUGUGGCGGUGCAGCUUGGAGCAAGGGUUAUUGGCGGCCCGCUCUACGGCGAACCUCUGGUCUUCGCCGGACGUGCUCCGGCCCCCUGGAGUGCAGAGCAAAUAAGAGCGCGAUCGGAUCGCACAAAGGAAGGGCUUGCGAAUGUGUCUCCUUUCGCAGCAAAGGCGGGCUGCGUCCUUGCGCUGGAAGCCCUGAACAGGUUCGAAACCGAUAUCGUCUCCACAACGUCUCAGGCCAUCGAGGUCGUGGACGCGGUGUCCUCACCCGGCCUUGGCAUUGUUCUGGACACAUUUCACAUGAACAUGGAAGAACGCUCCAUCACAGGUGCCAUCCACGCCGCAGGAUCACGGAUCGUACAUUUUCAGGCCAACGAAAAUCAUCGUGGCUUUCCGGGAACCGGACAUCUGGACUGGCCGGCCAUCAUGCGAGCACUCGUGGACACCGGAUAUGACGGCCCGAUUUCGCUGGAACCGUUCCGCCGCGACGACGACAGGGUCGGUCUGCCGAUUGCCCAUUGGCGCGCACCGCGGGAAGACGAAACUGAAAAACUCAGGACGGGGCUUGCCCUCAUCAGGUCCUGUCUGGCCAUGGCGGGAUCGAACCAAUGA